CUCGACCGGGCAGUAUAAGCCGAUGGAGAAAGGUUCCGGGAUAGGUUUAGUUCCGGGGGCUCCUCCGUAGGAGCGGCCGCCGCCAUGAUCCCGAUCCCGGUGGUGGUGUGCGUGCUGGGGGGCUGGUGCGCCAUCUACCUGGCGGAUACGCUGCUCAAGUCAUCCAACUCUCUGAAAGCAUCUUAUGAAGACUGGCUGCUGACAUACGGCUUGAGCAUCUCUCCUUUUCACAUGCGAUGGCAAACAGCUCUCUUCAACCGCCAGUUCUACAACUGGGGGAGAUGGAAACCCAGAUUUCUGUAUUUAUGGUUCAGCAUAGGAAUGGUGUUUGGUAUCGUUGCCAUGUUUGGCUCUGUUAUUCUUCUCGGAAAGACACUGAUGCAAACACUGACACAGAUGCUCACCGAAGCACCGAAAGCCCAGAAUGAUCGUAUGCUGCAAGUUGUGGUGCCUGGUGUAAACUUGCCUGUCAGCCAGCUGACCUAUUUCUUCUCCGCAAUCCUCAUCAGCGGUGUGAUACAUGAAGUCGGCCAUGGGGUGGCAGCUAUUCGAGAACAAGUACGAUUUAAUGGAUUUGGGAUUUUUAUCUUCAUUGUCUAUCCUGGAGCAUUUGUUGACCUGUUCACAACCCACUUGCAACUGAUAUCUCCAGUCCAGCAAUUAAGGAUAUUCUGUGCAGGAGUAUGGCAUAAUUUUGUUCUUGGUGUUGCAAGUUUCAUGGGUUUGUUUCUGCUGCCAGCCAUUCUUUUCCCUUUCUAUUACACGGGUGUCGGGGCACUUGUCACUGAGGUCGCAGAGGAUUCUCCUGCCAAUGGACCAAGAGGUCUUUUUGUGGGAGACCUUGUCACUAACCUACAAGACUGCCCAGUUUAUAGUGUGGAAGACUGGAAUUCCUGUCUGGGAGACAUUUCAGAGAAGUCACAGGUUGGCUACUGUAUAAGUGCAGCCACGCUACAGCAAUUAAGCUUUCCAGCUAGAGUCUAUAGGAGACUCGAUGGCACAGUUGAAUGUUGUAGUAACAACAGCCUCACAGACAUUUGCUUUUCAUAUAGCAAUAACUUGGACAGCCACCUGUAUGCCUGUCUGCCAGCACGAAAAGUUAUUGAGGCCAGCAAAGUCUGUCGAACCAACAUGGACUGCCAGAAAGACUUUGUUCCAAGCUUUUGCGUGACUCCUUCUUUAGAGAACCAAACAAGGCUAAUCAGGGUAAAACACCCACCCCAUAUUGACAUGCUGUAUGUAGGACACCCCAUGCAUCUUCAGUACACAGUAAGUCUCAGCAGUUUUGUACCACGACAGAACUUUCUAAGCAUCGAUCUGCCUGUGGUGAUAGAGACAUUUUGCAAGUACCUGAUUUCACUGUCAGGAGCACUGGCAGUUAUCAAUGCUGUACCCUGCUUCGCUUUGGAUGGUCAGUGGAUAUUAAAUUCAUUCCUGGAAGCCACUCUGAGCUCCCUGAUUGUAGAAAAACAAAACAGAGAGCUUGUUGGCUUUUUAAUUUUGCUUGCUGGUAGUGCACUUUUGGCUGCCAAUGUUGCACUGGGACUUUGGAUGGUGACAGCACGAUAGAACAUUGGAUACACUUCCAUCAGUUCUCAGAGUACACAGAAAGAACGAAUCCAUUGCCUUUUAAAACUUGUCCAGUCCUGAGAUUGAAAUAAUUCCCUUAAAAUGACACUGAAAGAACAAUCACUGGUGGCUGCUGUUUUAAUUUAAAACUGUACAACAUUGUGCCUGUGGUCAUGGGAAAUCUAAUUGAAGUAGGGACCUUUUUAUAUACUCUUUAAGCACUGUACUAAUUUUGGAGAAACUGCAUUGUAAAGUUUCACAGUAAAAAGCCUAAGACUUCAUUAAUUUGGCUCUCAACAUAAGGGAAUUAUUUGGCCUCAAACAGUUGUAAAGGGGGAGAAAAUAACACUUAGGUUUUAUUUUAUAAUUUGAAUAAUUGUCAGAAAAUAUGUGUGGGUUCUGACCGUUUCUCAGUCAGCAUAGUCUUGAGCGUCUCGUUUUGCUUUUUUAAUCUGGUAUUCUACCAAACUGGACUCUUAAGAAGCCCUAACGUCUGAUCUCAAAAUGGUGAAAAGCUAAGUAAAUGCUUACCAUGUGUUAAUGAGCAGAGAGAGGCCAUAUGGGUUAGUAUCCUUCCUUUUCAGCUGGCCAAAAUGACUGAAAGCAUGUUGUCCUCAGGACGUAGAUGAGAAGUGCCAAUGUCUGGUGAGAUGAGGCGUGUGGGAGGAUAACAAAGCCCACAUGUCUGUGUUUCUUACACAUUCAGUUGUAUGUUACCAUACGCAGCUGAAGAUUUUUUUAAAGGCAAUAUUUGUCAGCAAUAGCUACAAGAUAACUGAAAUUUAGUUUCUGAGUGCUGAAGUAUGCUGUGCCCAAUUAUUCCUAAGUGAUAAGUAAUGUUUGUGUUGUUUUACUCAGAAAAGAAUACUGUAUUAUACCUGUUUACAGUUAAAAGUGAAACCUGUUGUUUUUAUGGUGUCUAUCAUCCGAUGCUACGCAUUAAUAUGUACAGUAACUCACUGAUGGUUUUCUGUCUUUCAAAGGGUUGUUUUCCUUUGCUAGGAUUCAUUGUGCUCAAAGACAGCUAAGGAAGAUGUUUAGCUGAAGCUGGUCUUGGAUCAGAAUUGUUUAGAGGAAGAACGUGGUUGUGAAUUGAACUAUUUAAAUGUUUGGCUUUGUUUUCUGAGAGGAAUACAGACCAUAUCCUUGUUCUUAAAUGAACAGUGGAAGAACAGUCAGUGUUUUGCUGACUGAAGUGUCUGACACACUUUGAAGCUCUUUAAGUCUGUAAUAUUUUGUACCUAGUAGGAUUAUAUAUGGACUGUCAUGUCCUCCUGUGAUAUAUUGCUGCGUUUAUAUAAAUGGGGUUCAGUCAGAGCCUUGCCUCAAUACAGGCUGAUAUUUAAAAAAAAAAAAAAAAAAGCGCUCCAGUUUGGGAGCCUAAAUAUUUGAUAUAGGAAAAUUUUGAAAAACACCCUGCAACUUCUGGCUGGUACGGUGCUCGUACAGAGCUGCUGCAGCUCCGAGUUCCUUUACAGAAAUGGCCUUUCCACCCAGAACUGAAGUGGAAGCUGAGCUCACGGAUGCUGGCCUGCAGGGAGUACUGAAGCAUUCGUGACCAGCCAACAGAGAUUCUCUUGGCUCUAGCGGUAAAAGCCUGGGUAAUUUUAAAAGUGGGGUUGAGCCCAACUCCUGGUGCUACUGCAUGGAUUCGUAGCGAUGGUGUUUGCAUUUGCCCACUGAUGUGUUACUGUAUUUUUGCACAGUAGCCUUCACGCUUACUGACGAUGUAUUCUUUUCUUAAGGUGAUGCAAGCAGUAAUGAGAAAGCACGUCUGUUUAUUUGUUGUUGUGUUAGUUUACUUACCUCUCCGGUGCUGUCACGGGCUGGCUGGGUCUCUUGAAGCUCACCUCUGUGGAGUGGCAGGCCCGUGCCUCUCAUUUUCCAUCAUUUCGACCCAGGCAUGUCAGCACAGAUCCUGGUAAGAGAGAGUAAAUCCUCCAGUCAAUCCAGCCUGAGUCGGUCCCUUUGGGGACUGUUAAAAAUCACACAAAGUGCAAGAAAAGAAAAACAAACUAUCAGAAACUGCCAGCGGGCUGCUUUUUUCUUCCGGAGACGCCCUGAAAGUCUAACUCCUCAUCACUCCUGGAAGCCUACAGAAGCUCAAGGGUAGCGGAUGGGCCGCUGCCGUCCCUCCGUGGGCAGGAGGGAUGGGAGCAGCCGGGUUCUUGCACAAAGCCUGGCCCGGAGGCUGUGCUCCAGAAGCCUGCGCGCUCGCCUAAGUGGCUGCUUGCUAAUCUGAGCUCUUCCUUUCCGUGGCUCUGUGCCACUUGUGUCUUGUCCAACCUACAGUGUACAAAAUUAAUUUGCGCUUAGGAGUUUUAAUGCAAUUUAGUAAGACAGGAUAUUUACUUUUCAGAAUGGUUACUAUUUACGUAUCAGAGUUGCAGUGCUGUCUUACUAUCUAAAGCAACAGCAACAACAAUUCGCAAAUCUAUGGUGAUUUAAAAAAUAUUCUGUGAAAAACAUUUAAAGUUUGAGACUUUAGAUAUUCAUGUUGACUACAACUGCUUAGGACAAUCUUUCAGCAUAGUACGUACCCCUCCUGGAGAUGUAGGCAAGAGAUUCCAAAAAACAAAGUUUCUGAAUUAACAUACAAUAAUUACAUCUGCUGUAAUGAGGCUGGCAGGUUGUUCCUGGUUAGUUAAUGUGCUACCAAAACAUCAUGUUUUAUCAAAGGAAAGUAAAUCCAGUUUAUUUUGCUUUACACAAUCACUGAAAGCCACAGUUAUACUAAGUAGAACUUCAGUCUGUGUUUGACUUCAUAAUCAAAAAGAGGGUGGAGAAGACCGGUUAUGGUUUUAGCAAAACAGAUACACUAGUACACUGUGAAGACCCUGGUUCUCUUAUAUGGGAGAGACAGAAGUGUUUAAAAAUAAUUCACGGGUCCAUUUCUCCGUGUGCUGGCAUUCUACUGAAUAAGGGUCGAUUUAGGUAUGUUACAAGUGCUUUGAAUCAAGACUUAAAGCAAACCGGGUAUGAAUGGUGACCCAGCACAUCUUAGAUUACCUGUGGACAAAGGUAGUAGUUAAGUUGGACCACUCUCUGAAGAAAAAGUUGUUCAGUGGAUCCAUUUCGUUCUCCUGUAAUCCUAACAUACGGAUUACAUUCCGAUAAGCAAGUGCAAUGCAUAUAGUUACUGGGAGGGGUUUUGCUGGGUUUUUGUUUGGUUAGUAAGAGAACACAGAAGGACACAGAAUGGUUUUUGUGUGUCGGAUUUUUACUCUGGAGUAUUUGCGAUGUUUCUUCUAUUUCUGUUUUUGUAAAAAUUGAAAGGAAGCCUUUCCUUAAAAUGAAAUUUUUCCACUUCUCAUUCUAAUUAGCCCCUCAGAAUGUAAUGUAUUCUUUAACGCGGAAUCCAUCAAUAUAAUUAUAGGGCAUAUUGACUGGAGUAUAAAACAGAACACUCCUAAAGAUUGGAUGAAUACUGCUAUUUAUGUACAUACUAUGCAUUUUAAAUCUGUAUCAGAUGGAAAAGAUAAUGUCUAGCAUUGGGAUGUGUUAUACAUAGCUUUUACUUGAAAAUUGCCAGAAGAAUUCCGUAAUUAUAAUCAUUGUUCUGAUUUGGUUUUUUAUGAGAAUUUUUUUUAUAUCAGCAAAGACUUCCAUAGCAUGUCCUGAUAAUGUAUGCUGUGACAUGAAAAUGGCUAACUUCUUAGCAAGUGGGAUGUUACACACUCUUUGCUAACCUCGGAAAUCAAAACCAGCUUGCUUCCGUACAAGUUAAAUGAAAGAGACUUCACUAGAAAAAGUAUAGACAAACUUGCAGAUUAGUCAGCCCAAAUUUAUAAGCCACAGUGGAAAAUCUGUUAACUCAUCCUUUUUAUUUAGAAUGAAACGACCAACUGUAUUGACAGUUACUUUUUUCGGUGGUGAUGAUUCUGUGUUUGUGUACAUGUGUGUCUAUACAUGCAUACAUAUGUGUAAUAGAUACAUACACAGCCACCGUCGGUACUGCGGCUUUUUUAGGGAUAAUUUACAGCAGUCCUCCAUACUCUGCAAUGUAGGCUUUUUUUUUUUCUUUUUCCUUCCCUGUAUGAAUUCCAUGGCUUUCUCUGGAUUUUAAAAUUGCAACUAUGUUUUUCUCCUGUAACUGAUCUAACUUCUUUAUUAACAGAAGACAAGGGAUGGCUGUAGUGCAGCCACAGCUGCAUGAGUUUUGUUCAGCUGAUGUUGAAAACAUGUUUCUUGCUUUCUGUGACGCCUCAGCUACAAGCACGGUAAACAGAUUUUUCAGGGCAGCUAAAAGAGGUCAGCCUGAGAAUCUAUCGCUCUCUAAAUGCUGCUAUUUGUGCUGUUCCGAAUGAUAACUGGGAUGAGUGAGACUGUGUAGAGUAUACUAAAGAAAUAAUGUUUUCAGGACAGACCUCCCCAUGGCAGUCAGGGUGUUUCAGCUUUCUUGAAGUAAGGAUAUAUUUUUGUUCAGUUUAGAACAUCAACAAUCCAAGUUUUUCCAAUAGUUUCCUAUACGUUUUAAACAAUGGCAAAGGGUGACCUGUAGCAAAUAUUUUUUUAAAUAAAUUCUGUAUGUCUUCUAUCUGAAAGGUCUGAAUUUGUAUCUGGAUAUCAUUUAUGACAGAUGAAGAAGGGUUGUAAAGUUUUAUGUAGCCUAGUCUGUAUUUAAUUGUUUUAAAAAGAUGCGAGUUAAACUCUAGAAAUAAAUAGUUAUUUGUAAAAUACGCAUUUUAUACACGUGCAUUCAGACCAAUUCCCACAACCAGUCUUGCCUCAGCUUUGUUCUUGUGACCUUGUGAGUAAGGAAGCUGAAUCUAACUCAGGUAAGAUCCAAUAUUAGCAGUUAUUUUAUACCCUCUUUAUCCUGAAUUUCAUGUAACGCUAUAUAGAGAGUAGUUAUUUAAUGUGGCUGAGUUAUCUGGGGUACAUAUUCUGUAUUAACGCAGCAUUUGGGAAGCAGUGUACUAGGGACUGCCGGAAAACGGCAGCUCUGUGACUCCUGUUCCUGGGACUCAUCCGCUACGAUCGUGUGAAGAGCAGAUGGCAGCGACUGAGGGCGGUGACGAACCUCCGUUUCUGGCAGCUUUAUGAAACCUUCACACUGCUGACCCAGUGUGAAAGGCCGGGAACAAAGAGCAGGAUAUGACACUGCAAUUCCAUUCAUUCCAUUUACAUUGGCACGGCACGUGACAAGAACUUGUAAUUAACAUUUCAGAGCACGCAGAUAUGUUUUUCCAGCCCUUCACUGAAUCAUUCAGUGACUGGUGACCAAACUUUUUUUUUUUAAACACUUACUUUGUUGUUCCGCUGAUAAAUACAUGCCGAGUAAGUGGUAUGGGUAGUUGUAGUUUAUUUAGUAAAAUGGACUUGGAUAUUUCUCACCUCUAGGUGUUCAUCUUGGGUUGGUUUUUGCAGCAUCAUAGUGUAACUGACCUUCACUUGACACUAGUUUGAAAGUUUGGAGGCUAUUUCCAAGCCAUCACUGGAGAAGUCUAGUUUCUUCCUUCCCAAGUUGUUUAUUAAUAUUUUAAAUUCCUCCUUUCCUUAUGUAACUUUGCUUUUAGAUUUCAUAUGCUCAGAUGAUCUUAUCUGAAGCCUGUCAAUGGAAUAUGUAUUGUUUUGAAAUUCACUGUGGGGGUUUUUUUCUCUACAUAGCCUUAUUUUUCACACUGACUCACAGCUGUGGAAUGUUAGAUUUCUAGACCCUUUGUUCCCACUAUGCAUUGUUCAUGAUCAUGUUUUUAAAAAAAAAAAAAAAAAAGAAAAACAAGAAA